AUAGCACUUUUGGACUUGGUGUUUAAUACUUCAGAGAAGAUGACCUCAUCGUUAGGUGACCAGAAGGAACUGGCGUCAUAUGUUAUAAAAGCCAGCGAGAAGCUUGUCUCCAUGUUAUUGACUCCAACAAACACCUAUGACAAUAUCAGUUUUACUAUUGAGUCUUUAGAAACACAAAUCUUCAUGGUUGGACCAAAUGCCACCCUAGAUAAAAUCCCUCAGCUCAUCACAAGACAUGCUUUAAUGGACAUUGAUCUUAUUGGGAUCGCCAAGAACAACUAUAAAAAAGGAUCAGUGGCUUUCAUGAGCUACACCACAAUGGAGGACCUACUGAAACCAGACUUCUUCAACACAUCAGAUGACACAGUUAAAACCAUGAUGUCCACUGUCAUCUCUGCUACUCUUCCUCAAACCACCAACACAACCCUCACCAAACCAGUCAACUUCACCCUCAAACACAUCAGAGAGUUUGUAUCUGGAGGAAAUCUUUCCUGUGUGUACUGGAACAUCAGUGAGUGGAUUGUAGAUGGUUGUUCUGUUGUAAAGACCAACAGCAGCUUUACUGUGUGUUCAUGUCUUCAUCUGUCAACAUUUGCUCUCAUCAUGCAAACCAGCAGAAUAUCAACAAAGGAUGGUGAUCAGCUGGUGAAUCUGUUGAAUUUGGUGUUUGUGAUCGUGGGUCUGGUGUUUACUAGUUUGGCUCUGUUGACUUUUGCUUUCUGUCGAUGGAAACCUGAAGUGAACAAUGUAGCUCGAAUCAACCUCUGCAUCAGUCUGCUGUCUGCUCAUCUUCUGUUCUUACUCACACAACAAUUCAUCAAACUCAUAAAACCUCACAAUGUGGUGUGUGCUGUGAUAUCAGGAGCUCUUCACUUCUUCUAUCUCUCCUGCUUUGUGUGGAUGUUCAUUGAAGCUGUACUGCUCUUCAUCUGUGUGAAGAACCUAUCACAGAUCAGCUCCAGACAGAGGGUGUGGCUUAAGAGCAGAUUCUUGAUUGUGGUUGGAUAUAUAAUUGCUCUUGUUAUAGUAGGCGUGUCUGCUGGAGUGUUUCCUGAUGGUUAUGGCAGUGAAGAAUGCUGGAUUAAAAAGGAAAGAGGCUUCAUCUGGAGUUUUCUGGGACCUGUUUGCGUUAUUCUUGCAAUAAACACGAUUCUCUUCAUCAGUAUCAUCAUUAGUCUGAGAGCAACUCUCACAAAGCUGAACACUGAAGUUUCACGGACGAAACAAACCAAGAUUAUGGUUUUUAAAACUUUGGCCCAGUUUGUGAUUUUUGGUUGUUCCUGGAUCCUUGGCCCAUUCACUGAAAACAAUAAGGAGGUUGAGAUUAUCUUCUUGAUCUUAAACUCACAGCAAGGAACCUUCAUCUUCCUGAUCCACUGUGUCCUCAAUAAUGAGGUCAGACAGCAGUAUAUGAAGUGGAUGAGUGCUCUUUUUCCAAAGCCUUAAACCUAAAACCAUCAAAGAUGCCCCCAGAAAUAACUAAGGACCAGACUGUUCGCAUUCAUGAGAACAUACUGAAGAUCCAUUAGUAGAUUUUUUAUUUAUUACGUGAAAAAAAGUCACUAUAGCAGAAUCAGUGUUUUUUUUCUUUAUCUCAUUUCUAAUUUUUCUCAUUCUCAUUUUUAAAUGUAUGAUCUCUUGAUGUCCUAUUGAAUAUUUAGAAUAAGUCUUUAUUAGCUGUUUGUUUGGGGAGUUAUAUGUAUUGCUUUUAUGUAUAUGGUGUAUGGUUACAUAUAUUAGAUUGCACAUGUGGAAAAAAUCUUUGAGUACAUUUACUUUACUGUACAGGACUCAAUUAUAUCAGAUUUUUGUAUGAAAUUUUUUUAUAAUUUUGAAUUUGAGAAGGGAAAUGAAAGAGACUGGGGGGUUUUAUUUACCAUGUUUCCUCAUUAUGCCGAUUAAGUUCGCUAUAACACAAUAGGAGGUUUGUGAAAUCUAUGUAAUGUAAAACAGCCUCUCUUGCUCUUCAACAGUUCCUUUUUUAGGCUCUUAAAAAAACACACACACACACAACAAACAUUAACAAUCAAUUUGAAUUUGACUUGAAACAGAUCUAAGUGUAAAUACUUC